AAGAUUACCAUUUCACCUCUACUGCAGGUAGAGUAAACCAUUGUUGUUAUAAAUCAUACCUCAAGGUGGUGUCCUCUCACCGUUUUAGUUUUUGAAAUGGAAACCCUCCCCUCAUAUUUUUUAUGUAAAUUAGGGUGAAUAUCCUGCAGCGUUUCUCUGCUCUCGUCUCACCACAGUGUGUCUAUUCGUCUAAAAUUUCGAAACUGUGUAUUUUAUUAUUUACGUUUUAUCAGAAAGGAGAGAAUCGGAGGCCGGCAGUUGUUUUUGAAGCAUGGGCGAGGCUGUAUCUGGAGUGAAGUGGCAACUGCUGUCUUUGUUUUAUUUAACGUUGAUCCGGAUAGGGUACACGGAUAUUCGGUAUGCUGUUCAGGAGGAAACUAAGAAAAAUCAUAUCAUUGGAAGCCUGAGCAAGGAUCUGAAUCUGGAAUUAAACCGACUAAAAACUCGUAAUGCACGAGUGGAAUACCAGGGGGAGCGACGAUAUUGUGGAGUUGAUGUGAAUACUGGGAAUGUCAUUGUUCUUGAGAGAGUGGACCGAGAGGUAAUUUGUGGCACAAACGCUCCUUGUAUUCUGCAUUUUGAAUUUAUCCUGGAGAACCCACUUGAACUGCAUAACAUUGCGUUAGAAAUACAAGACAUCAAUGACAAUGCUCCCGGCUUUCCUAAAGAUUCCAUCAAAUUAGAAAUAAGCGAGAAUGAACCAACUGGGUCUCGAUUCCAGGUGGCUCGUGCACGGGAUGUAGAUGUCGGAAUAAAUUCGGUACAAAAUUAUGUACUCAGUCAAAACGAGCAUUUUGUAUUGGACCAGAGAGCAGACAAGGGCAGAUAUGUAGACAUAGUGCUUAAACAUAGUCUUGAUCGUGAAAGAGAGGGGGAGUAUUCGUUAGAGUUGACUGCUGUCGACGGCGGUAAUCCUCCUCAAUCAGGCUCGGUUGUCAUACAGAUUUUUGUUACUGACAUCAACGAUAACUCCCCGGUUUUCUCACAAUCAAUAUACAGGGUUGUAAUGUUUGAAAACUCGCCACCUGGAACCUCUGCUGUCAGAGUUAGCGCAAGUGACUUAGAUAUUGGCGCAAACGGAAAGGUGACCUAUUAUAUGAAUCAUGUGUCAGCAAAGACAGAAGGUUUAUUUGAAAUUGACCUAAAUACCGGAGAAGUUAAGGUACUCGGCCCGCUGGACCACGAAAAGUCCUCCUCUUAUGAAUUGGAAGUCCAAGCUGAAGAUGGAGGUGGCCAAGCCGGACACUGCAAGGUAUUAGUUGAGAUAUCCGAUGUAAACGACAAUGCACCAGUAAUAAUAGUAAAAUCACUUGUGAACCCAGUCUCUGAGAAUGCCCCGCCUGGGACUGAGAUCGCAGUGAUUAAUGUUAAGGACCAAGACGCAGGGGAAAACAGCAGAGUCAAAUGUUCCAUCAACGAAAAUACUCCAUUCAAACUGCAGUCGUCGAUAAAAAAUUACUUUACGUUGUCUACUAUCGCUGCCCUUGAUCGGGAGCAUAUUGCUGAAUAUAAUGUAACAGUGACCGCUACAGAUGGAGGGUUACCAUCGCUUUCUUCAACUGCCGUUUUAACGUUUCAAAUAUCAGAUAUAAAUGAUAACCCUCCUGUAUUUGAAGAGCAGUCCUACAGCGCAUAUGUGACUGAGAAUAACAAGCCUGGCUCCUCUGUCUGUUCUGUUACUGCGAGAGACCUAGACUGGAGACAGAAUGGCACAGUGUUCUACUCUCUGUUGCCCAGUGAGGUCAAUGGUGUUCCAGUCUCCUCAUAUUUAUCCAUUAAUGGAGACACAGGGGUGAUCCAUGCUGUGAGGCCCUUUGACUAUGAGCAGUUCAGAAGCUUCAAAGUUCAGGUUGUAGCCAGAGACAAUGGUUCUCCUCCACUCAGCAGCAACGUGACUGUGAGUGUGUUCAUAACAGAUGAGAAUGAUAACUCUCCUCAGAUAUUAUACCCUACUCCAGAAGGAAACUCCUUCAUGACUGAGAUGGUUCCUAAAGCUGCUCUUUCUGGCUCGCUGGUCUCCAAAGUGAUCGCUGUUGAUGCUGACUCUGGACAGAACGCGUGGCUGUCAUAUCAGAUCGUGAAGUCGACUGAUCCGGGACUUUUCACUAUUGGUCUCCACAGUGGAGAGAUCAGGGCUCAGAGGGACAUUUCUGAAUCUGACAGCAUGAAGCAGAACCUUGUGAUCUCAGUGAAAGAUAACGGACAGCCCUCUCUCUCUACAACCUGUGCCGUAUAUUUACUCAUCUCUGAUAACUUGGCUGAAGUUCCUGAACUAAAAGACAUGUCUUAUGAGGAGAGCAAUUCUAAACUCACAUCUUAUCUGAUCAUUGCUCUGGUCUCUGUUUCCACCUUUUUCAUCACCUUCAUUAUUGUCAUUGUGGCUUUGAGGAUUUGCCGAAGGAGAAAGCCCAGACUUUUGUUUGAUGGAGCAGUAGCCAUUUCUGGCGCAUACUUACCUCCCAACUAUGCAGAUGUUGAUGGAACUGGAACUCUCCGUAGCGCUUACAAUUAUGACGCCUAUAUGACGACAGGGUCACGUACAAGUGACUUUAAGUUUGUUACAUCCUACAAUGACAAUACGCUGAGUUUGGAUAGCACAUUACCAAAACGCAACAUGGAUUUCAGUGACGGUACCUCUCUGCUUAAAAUUGAAUCAACUGAGGUAAGCUGAGUAUCAUGUAUUCAUUUCAUUGUUGCUGUUAUUAUUUCCUCUUGUAUGGUUAUUUAUUGGAAAGCUGCUGCAGUGUGAUGAAGUGAAUUUCUGUUUUCCGGUUUUGACAUCAACUAAAUGUGUUUAAAAGAGAAAUGUAACCUUAUUGGUGAUGUUGGCCACAAGCUUGUUUC